CGCCCUCGCCGCGCCGGACGCCGCUCCGCUGCCCGCGCCGCGGCCACCUGCAGCAGCCCGGCUCCCCGCCGCCCUCCUCGCACCGCGGCGGAAGGAAUAAAGCGCCCAGCCCGUCCCGACCCGCCCGGCCGGCGCUCCCCGAGGCAGCCGGGACCGGGGCGGGUCGGGCCCCCGCGGGCCGCCCCCGACGACCGGAGCCCGGGCGCCCUCCCCUGCCGCCCCCCCCCCCCCCCCCCCAGCCCUCCCCGCGGAUGGGCGCGCUGCCGCCGCCCGGCCCCCCCCGGCCCCGCCGCGCCGCUUGAAGAAACUUGGGACGGCGGCGGCCUCCGCCUCCCCGCCGCGCCCCGCCCGGGCUGCGGGGGAGCCUUCCCCGCGCCGCCGCCCCAAGUUCGCGGGGGGACCCGUCCGCCGCAGGACUCCGGCCCGGGGCCGCCGGCCCCUCGGCGGGGCGCCGCCGCCCAGCGCCCCCUUCCCGCGGCGGGGACCCCCUGCCCCUGGCCUCGGUGCUGGGGAGGAGCUGGGGUGCCCUGGAUGGCCCUGCGCACUGGGACGGCUUGGUUUGGGCAGGUCCUGCGCAGAGUUUCCCGGCUCCAGGGCACCUGGUCUCGGCGCUCCAGCAGCCUCCUGUGCCUCUCCUCCUCCCAGGAGCCCGAGCAGGCGGGCGGAGAGCGGCCGCCGCCGCAGCGCAAGCUGCCCCGGAGCGGCGGCAGCGGCGGCGGCGGGCGCCGCCAGCCCCCCCGGCAGCUGCCCCCCUGCUGCGGCUGCUGCGGCCUGUCGGAUCCCCGGGCGGCCAGGGGGGGACAUGGUCCCCUCACUCGCCCCUUGCUGGCGGCCAUGAAGAGGCAGAACGUGCGGACCCUGUCCCUCAUCAUCUGCACGUUCACCUACCUGCUGGUCGGGGCCGCCGUCUUUGAUGCCCUGGAGUCCGACAACGAGAUGCGGGAGGAGGAGAAACUCAAAGCCGAGGAGAUCCGGCUCAAAGGAAAGUACAACAUCACCAGCGAGGACUACCGGCAGCUGGAGUUGGUGAUCAUGCAGUCCGAGCCGCACCGGGCCGGCGUCCAGUGGAAAUUCGCCGGCUCUUUCUACUUUGCCAUCACGGUCAUCACGACCAUCGGUUAUGGACAUGCUGCCCCAGGGACGGAUGCGGGGAAGGCCUUUUGCAUGUUCUAUGCGGUCCUGGGGAUCCCACUGACACUCGUCAUGUUCCAGAGCUUGGGCGAGCGCAUGAACACCUUUGUCAAGUACCUCUUGAAACGCAUCAAAAAGUGCUGUGGGAUGAGGAGCACCGAGGUCUCCAUGGAAAACAUGGUCACUGUGGGUUUCUUCUCCUGCAUGGGAACACUCUGCAUUGGAGCAGCAGCCUUUUCCCAGUACGAGGAAUGGAGCUUUUUCCAUGCUUACUAUUACUGCUUUAUAACAUUGACUACGAUAGGGUUUGGAGACUAUGUGGCCCUGCAGACCAAAGGGGCCCUUCAAAAGAAGCCUCUCUACGUGGCUUUUAGCUUUAUGUACAUUCUAGUGGGGUUGACAGUCAUUGGGGCAUUUCUAAAUCUGGUUGUUCUCAGGUUCUUAACCAUGAACAGCGAGGACGAGAGGCGGGAUGCCGAGGAACGGGCGUCCCUCGCCGGGAACCGCAACAGCAUGAUUAUCCACAUCCAAGAGGACUCCCAGCGUGGUCGGCCGCGGUACAAGGCCGAAGUAACAGACCUUCAGUCGGUUUGUUCCUGCAUGUGUUACAGGUCCCAUGAGUACACCAGCCGGGUGGUGUCCCACCAAAAUUCGUUCAGCUCUAAGCUGAACCCCCAGUACUUUCACUCCAUCUCUUACAAGAUCGAGGAGAUCUCGCCAAGCACAUUAAAAAACAGCCUUUUCCCAUCUCCCGUCAGCUCCAUCUCACCUGGGUUGCACAGCUUUACAGAUAACCACAGGCUGAUGAAAAGGCGAAAGUCCAUUUAAAGGGAUUUGUCUUCUUUUGCUUUCCUUGUUUUCCCCAGUUCUUCUCCGUUGUUUUGGUUUUUUUGUUCCUUGAGUGAGACGGAGCGAGGCCAAAGGGAGUAGAGAAAGCCAGUCCUCCUCUGAGACUCAGCUCUUGAGCAUGAAGCAUGGAUUAUUACUGUUCCAGCAAAGUAUGCCUUACAUUACCCCCUCGGUGGAUGUCAGAGGAUUCGAGGUGACGUGAAGUGGGUACCAAAUCCAAAGUUGCACACACAGCUGGGAGCCUUCAUGUGCCACUGGCACUCCUGACCUAAUAAACUAUUUUCCUCACGAGCAGGUUGCAGCGUGCGUGCGUGCUUGUGUGCGUGUUGGGUGUGUGUGCGUGUGUGCGCGCGUGCAAUUCCACGACUAGUGCCAUGUGACAAAAAUUAAAGC